AUGCGCAAUCCCGAUCCCCUCCAAAGUCCCUCCCCAGAGGACAGCACGUCUCAAAAGCCGGCUAGCUUCUGUAUACCUUCGAUAGACACUGAUGGCUCCGUUCCAUGUCUUCGGUGCAAACGCGAUGGUCUUGACUGCGUUCUCGGUGGAUCUAACCGCGGGGGCAGAAGGGUGCGUAAGAAGCCCGCUGACUCGCAAAUACUUCCAACGCCAGCUGCAUAUGGUGAUGAAGACGGCAGCUUUCAUGGCGUUGGGAACGUUGGAACGAGCCCAUGGCCUCGAACCGAAUCCAAUCAUCAGCAGGAGGUUCGGAGAGAUAGUCAAAUGCCGCGGUCCGGAUCUGCCACGCCGGACGAUAUUCCGUUCCCGAAUCUUCAAAAUCCUUCGGACGCCUUGGGUAUACUGGCUCGAGUUGCGGAGACAAGUACUGAGAAUAGGGAUCCAUCUACAAAUGGACAUGGGAACCCUCCGCCCGGUGUCUCAAUGCCUCAGCCCUUAGAACGCCCAAAUCAGCCACCGUCUUUUUCUUACUGGCUUUUGGACAGCGGAAGGCUUUCUGUGCCCACAGUCUGCCAGCUGCUCAUACGAUACCAACAAAACUACCACCCAUACUAUCCCUUGGCGCCUGCCCAGACUUUCGAUACCUCGAAACUGGCUGAGACCGCGAAGUCCGAACCUCAUCUGCUUACGGCUAUCCUUGUCAUCUCAUCUAAAGACCUCGUCGAAGAAUCUCAUAUAUACGAAUCAUGUUCAGACUAUAUGAAAAGCCUGGUGUCCAAUUUGGCCGCUGGGGGCGAUGCUGAUGUUGAAGCUGUCGAAGCACUGCUACUCCUAGCAGAAUGGGCACCUUACACUCAAAGAGGAUCUGGAAAAGUGGGGAAGGGAGAAGAGGACAAAGAAAGCUGGAUGCACGUCGGUCUUGCAUUAAGGAUUGGGUACUUCCUCGCCCUCGAUCGCUACUCUUUUCGAGUGGUCGACGACGGAAAGGAUCCGAAUCACAGCCGGAAACGCCUCAUCUGGACGGCUGCCUAUAUUUGUGAUCGGCACAUUUCCAUUCGGAUAGGGAAGGCUUUCUGGUCUCGAGGACCUGGUCCGAUGACAUCCCUUCGCCGCGAAGACUAUCCAUCCCUCAUUCCACGUAGCUCUAACGAGGAGGACCACGCCAGCAUCUUCCAAGCCAAUCUGGAGUUAACGCAACUUUUCAGUAAUGUCCAUGAUGUCCUCUACUCAAAUCCUGGGUCAAGUUUUAGAUCCCAUCUGAGUGGGAGCUACAUCAAGUUCAUCGACGAUUUUCGGUCUGCAAUCUACGGCUGGAAGAGCGUUUGGGGAACGCUGACCUGUUCAGCUCCUUUAAAGGCCUGCCUACUGAUGUCCUACGAUUACCUCCGACUGUACACCAAUGCUUUUGCAUUUCAGGCUACCGUGAGGCGUGCUAUGCCCAUCGCAAUUCCCCCAACGUCAGAGCCUACAGCAUCUACCCAACAAUCUGUUGCUCCUAGUUCCAAAAUGCAGGCCCCUCAGCGAGUAUUCUGUAACAAUGUCGGAGCUGUGGGAGACGCUAGAUUCAUUUACGAGGGCCUUGAUGCCGCGAAAGCGAUACUUACUACUGCAAACAAUUUUGUUGAUCCGGAGAAGGCACUUCGACAUAUGCCCCUUCGCUACUACCUCUAUCUAGUAUACGCUGGUGUUUUCUUGUACCGGGCGAGAUGUACAGGCGUCAUCGGGAGUGAAGAAGAUCGAGCCAUCCGUGCAAUGGUCAACGAAACUAUCGCUAGGCUCCAACGGAGCAGCGCGGGGGCAGGUACCGAAAUGCAGCAUCCGGGAAGCAGAUACAGCCAACUUCUGAAAUUGCUCUGGGCAAAGGUGCCACGCAAAGACAAGGCCACGCGAGCGUCAUAUCACCACCCAGGCACACACAUCGCAAACACGACACUCGACAACAACGGUUUCCGACAAGGGCAGCCUGGUACUGGCUCAGCUCAAACUCCUUCUCAGGCUGGAAGCAUUGGUACAGGCGAAAGUCCGGCGGUUACGGAGCAAAUGGGUGACUUCGGCUGGACCGAUCUCUCUGCUGUUGGGGAAUUUGCGAUUAAUGGCGCAGGAUCAGGCGCUAAUGUUGAUGAUUAUGGUCUCUGGACGGGCUUCCUUCCUCUCGAUAUGGGCAUGGGAAUGGUUGGUCAAGGACUUGGGUGGGAUAACACAGGGCUUGACGGCCAUGAGCUCGGGAUGGCAUUCUAG